AUGCCACCGCCGCCACCCCGAAAGCCCGAUCCGAAGGCGUCUGCCGCUUCCAAGGAGGAAAACAUAUAUAUUCCUUCUUUCAUUAGCAAACGUCCCUUCUAUGCGGGCGAGGAAGGCGAUGAUCAGACGGACUACCUCGAACAUCAACGUCUGCAGAAGAAGAAGGAUGAGCAGUCGCAGUGGUACGACCGCGGCCGAAAGGCCGGUCCCGCAGCCACCAAGUUCCGCAAAGGGGCUUGUGAAAACUGCGGCGCCAUGACGCACAAGGCCAAGGACUGCCUGAGCCGGCCGCGAGCGAAAGGCGCAAAGUGGACCGGCAAGGACAUCCAGGCGGAUGAGGUCAUCCAAGACGUCAAGCUCGGCUGGGAUGCCAAGCGUGACCGCUGGAAUGGAUACGACCCAAAGGAAUAUCGCAACGUCGUUGAGGAGUUCAAUCAGAUGGAACAGCUGCGGAAGACGGCGCUAGCGAAGGACGGGACGGAAGAGGAGCAAGACGACGGAGACAAAUACGCCGAGGAGAACGACAUGAGCAAGCACCAAAGCACAGCUACGCGUCAGCUCAGAAUACGAGAAGAUACGGCCAAAUACCUAGUCAAUCUUGAUCUCGAGUCAGCCAAGUACGACCCGAAGACGAGGUCCCUGGUCGACAGUGGCGCGACCGCAGACAAGGCUGCGAACCUGUUCGCGGAGGAAGGCUUCAUGCGAGGCUCGGGCGACGCCAGCGAGUUCGAGAAGGCACAGCGAUACGCCUGGGAGGCCCAGGAGAAGAGUGGCGACACCACGAAGCAUUUGCAAGCAAACCCCACGGCAGGAGAGUUCUAUCGGAAGAAGGAGAAGGAAGAGGCUGAGAAGAAGCGUGCCGAGCGGGAGAAGAAGCUCAAGGAGAUGUACGGCGACAACUCGCAGUACACAAUGCCGGACGACGUCAAGAACCUCAUUACCGAGUCUGAGAAGUACGUCGAAUAUGAUGAGAGCGGUCUUAUCAAGGGCGCGCCCAAGGUCAUUGCAAAGUCGAAAUACCCCGAGGACGUCUACAUUCACAACCACACAUCGGUGUGGGGCAGUUGGUGGUCCAACUUCCAAUGGGGCUACGAGUGCUGCCAUUCGGUGGUGAAGAAUAGCUACUGCACAGGCGAGGAAGGCAAGCAGGCAUGGGAAGCAUCUGAGCGACAACGGACCGGCGCCAUCCUGGCUCAACAGGAGGCACCAUCGGAUACUUCCAAGGAAAACAAGGCGCACGAAGAGCACGCGGCGAAGAAGCCCGCGAAUAAGCGAACGGCGGAAGAGAUGAUGGGAGGUGUUACAGAGGAAGAGAUGGAGGAAUACAGAAGAAAACGGACAGCGGCAAACGAUCCGAUGGCCAAAUUCUUGGGCAAGGAUGAAUUGGUUUGA